AUGGAGAUCAAAGGAAUCAGUGGGGUGUGUACUGAGCACUGGAAGCCGGAAAUGGAGGUCAAAGGAAUCAUCGAAGAAUGCGGUACCGAUAUCUGUAAAGUGCCAGAUUCCCGAAGCCUAUCGCUUAAGGGUUUAGAUGAGUUAAGGCUGUGUUGUAGUCAACAGAAAGGAAAUGAUCACUUCGAUACUCGUAAAGAACUCGAAGAUUAUUGUCGCGACGACGUGAAUCUCCUUAGGGGAGGUCGUGGUGUUUUUCUGAAACUCUUUGACGGGUUAACCGCGCUUCCCGCGUUUCAUAGCAGUUCUACUAUAGCUAGCUUGGCUAUGAUGGUCUAUCGUACCAAUUUUCUCCCAAAUUUAACCAUCGCUACGACCCAACCUACCGGAUUUUUAAAGGCUCGUAAACAAAGUUCGUUAGCCUUACGUUAUUUACAGGAAUUUUCGGAAAACGUCGAAAUUAAACACGCGAGGAACAGUGGUGAACAUCGCGUUCAAACAUUGGCUGUUAAUGGGUAUUAUCACUGCCCCUUUCGAAUCGAAACGUCGUCGUAG